GAACGGACGCCACAAGCGUCAGGCGGCGGCCGUUCGUAGCUGGCGGUGCAUCAAGAUUACUAGCCCCGGCUGCGGCCUGCGAGACAUGGAGGAGUUCCAGGAAGCCGACGUCCUGUGGCCGGACGCAGCACACCACCACGACUGCCACCGCCACCGCCCGGAGGCCCGCUGCCACGACUACCGCCGCCGCCAGCACCUCGCCGGCCAGAAACCGCACGUGGCACCCGUCCGCCUGCAGUCGUCGCCUCCCGUGCGCAUCCCCGCGGCGCCGGCGGAGGCGCGCGCGACUGGCUGGCCCGACCGUCAUGACGACGACGACGGCGGCGGCGGCGGCGGCAUGGUCGUCAGGAGAGCCUCGUCUGGCGCGGAGGGGGUGAUCGUGCCGCCGCACGUCCUGGCGGCGCGUCGGUGCCCGGACGAGCGGAGGGUGGCCUCGUCGGUGUGCGUGGGGCACGGGCGCACGCUCAAGGGACGCGACCUCCGCGCCGUCCGCAACGCCGUGCUCCACAUGACCGGAUUCCUCAGCAGCUCCGACAAAUGUACUGACGGCUACCAUAGUACAGUGCUAUAGCAACAUGGAGUUAGGAAUCGAAUGGAGCGGUGCCUGCCUGCCGGUAUUGUUAUUUUUCUUUUUUUUUUUGGUCAUCCGAUUGCUAUUGGAGUUUGGACUAGCCAGGUACAGAUAAAGCAGCACACCCCAGAGCUAAAUUCCUUGAUACAUUGCUCUGGCAAGCUAGCUAGUUUCCUACUCCGUUUGUCAUAGAAUAUAAUAAAACUCCGUUUGUAGACUUGAUGCU